UUUGUUCCACGUAAGAAGUUGGAGAAUUAUCCAAAACAGAUAUUCCCUUUCAGUUGUUCACGCAACUGUAGCCGUCGGUGUUUCCGUGUCGCUCAUCAUCUUCCUCUACCAAUUCCAUCUGAUUUUAGCUGCUUUUCAAGUAAAGUAGCUUCAGUUUCUGAGAUAAUAUCACCGAUUUUAUUGGUUUUAAGCUUGUGCAAUCGAUAGAUCAGAGUGCUAGUUGGGUGUGGACUACCACUGCACUUGUUAAUCCUUUGUGACAAUGAGUGGAGACUUUAGUGUGUAUAAUGUCAAAAAGAGUUUCAGCUAUCUUUAAGGCUCUGAAGAUAAAGGUUCUUCCCAUAUGCACUUUAACAUUGUGACUUUUGGGUGUCAUUUCUUUAAGCAUAUUAGACAAUGGCAGCUGCUGUCUCAUUGGUGCUGCCCCGUGAAUUCCCAAUACACGGGAAAUGUGGAUUAAGCAAGGGCACAAUGAGCAGGAGCCAGACAGAUUCUUGCAGCAUAUUUCUGCCAUCACAUUCUACGCGGCAGGAUCGUUGGAGCAUCUAUCUUCUGAAUACUGUACGCAGGCCUUUGUUUUCCCAUCCUUCACCGACUAGAUGUAAUGAAUUACUAUGCCGCUCCUUUUUAAAGCCAGGUGGAGGAUAUGAGUGUCAAGUUCUGGAAACAGCAACACUAAUAUGGAAAAGUUUAUUUUGCAGGUCAUUAAGUACUAUACAUCUAAGCCCACUUGUGCUUCAGCUGGUUCUGGCCAUUGGUGUUCUUGGUUUUGCUGCAUGGGGUCUCACUCCACUGAUGCGCUUUGGAAGAAUGCUUUUCCUUCAUGAAAGUGAUAGCAAUUGGAAACAAAGUAGCUGGCAUUAUGUUACAGCCUCCUAUCUUAAACCUGUGCUUUUAUGGUCUGGAGCAAUACUUAUAUGCAGAGCAAUAGAUCCACUGAUUCUACCUACAGUUGCUAGCCAGGCAGUCAAGCAAAGAUUUCUUAAUUUUGUACGAUCAUUAUCGACAGUGAUGGCACUUGCCUACUGUUUAUCUAGCUUGAUUCAGCAAACACAAAAAUUCCUCGUGGAGACAAAAGACCCAGCUGAUGCAAGAAAUAUGGGGUUCGAAUUUGCAGGGAAAGCUGUAUAUACUGCAGUAUGGGUUGCAGCCGUUUCGUUGUUCAUGGAAUUGCUUGGUUUUUCUACACAGAAGUGGCUGACAGCUGGGGGUCUUGGGACAGUAUUGCUCACUCUUGCUGGUCGUGAGAUACUUACAAACUUCCUCUCGAGCAUAAUGAUCCAUGCAACAAGGCCCUUUAUUCUAAAUGACUGGAUACAGACUAAGAUACAGGGCUAUGAUGUAUCUGGCACAGUGGAGCACGUAGGUUGGUGGUCACCAACAGUCAUAAGAGGUGAUGAUCGUGAAGCAAUUCAUAUACCAAAUCACAAAUUUUCAGUGAAUAUCGUCAGGAAUCUUACUCAGAAGACUCAUUGGCGGAUCAAGACUCACCUUGCCAUCAGCCACUUGGAUGUGAAUAAGAUCAAUAACAUUGUUGCGGAUAUGCGGAAGGUUUUGUCGAAACAUCCUCUAGUAGAACAGCAACGACUACAUAGGCGAGUUUUUCUGGAUAACAUUGAUCCAGAGAAUCAGGCUCUUAAGAUAUUGAUUUCUUGCUUUGUGAAGACACCUCGUUUUGAAGAGUACCUCCGAGUGAAGGAAGUUAUAUUGCUGGAUCUCCUUCGAGUAAUCAGCCAUCAUCGUGCUCGACUUGCUACACCUAUUCGUACAGUGCAGAAAACAUCUCGCGAGACUGAUGUGGAUGAUGUACCAUUUGUUGAUUCCGUUUUUUCUCGUAACCGGCCUAACCGCCAAGUCCUCCUUAUAGAGCCUUCUUAUAAGAUCAGUAGUGACGAUAAAACCAAAGCUUCUGCUCGUUCAGUACAAUCUGAUGAAGAAAAAGACCAAAAGGUUGAAACACCAAGUACAUCACGGGCCGCUGAUGACACAAAUGGCAAACCAUCAACUCUUACUGAGAAGGAAGUCGUUAAGGCCUCAUCAGCAUCAAAUGCUAAUGGUGAUUCCAAAGCACCAACGUCGCCAUCAGAUGGAAAAUCACUAAAACAAGGAUCUACCAGUUCAGUUAAAAGCAACUCUGAGAAAAACCAAGUUGCUUCGGUUGCUGGAGACCCACUGGGGUUGACAUCAGAUACAUCCAUUGAGAAGACAAAUUUGGCAACUUCUGCUUCAAAGGCACAACAAGAUGCUGAAAGAUCAAUCUCAUCACCUUCAGUGGGAAGGCCCAUGUUAGAAGAUAACAUUGUUCUUGGUGUUGCACUGGAAGGGUCAAAACUAACACUUCCAAUUGAGGAAGAAACGACUCCGCCUUCUCCCUCUUCAACAUUUUUUGACUCAGAAUCAAAAGAGUUAGCUGCCUGCCGGAAUGGGAAUAGCUCGACCAACUCAAACAAAGAUAAGACGGACGAUAAGAUACCAGGAGCUCCAAGUGCAUCAGAUGACCAAAAAGAACGCGAAAGGUGAUUAUUCGAAGGUUCAACAAUGUGCAAUAAUGCGCUAAGGCUAUUUUUUAGAGCUUGCAUUGUGCACUGAUAAAUUUUCUCAUGAAAUUCCACUAUUUAUAGUUGUGGAGCAGUAGUUGGCUUGUAUUUAGCAAUUAAUAAUGAUCAAUGAAAGGCAUAAUGCUACUAACUAUUAGCUUCAAAUGAAUAAAUUUAAGAAGCUAAUUCUCUUCUCUGGAAUAUUAAUUAUUAUAAAGAGUUUUUUAAGACGACUGUGCAUUAUA